UCAAUAAAGCAGCUGAGCGUUGGAAAUAUUGUUGAGGAUAAAGUUUUCCAAAAACAAAAUAAAAGUAGAAAUAUAAUUAAUAGUAGCAUCUUUCGGAAAUGGCGCACUACAAGGGAGCUGCUAGUGAAGCAGGCCGUGCCGCGCAAUUGAUGAAAAAGCGUGAGAUCGCCCAGCAGGAAAUUGAGUUUCGCAAGAAGAAAAUCGAGGAGGAGCUGAAGCUAGAUAAAAUUGAAAACAAAUUCGCUGCACAUUAUGACGCCGUGGAGCAACAACUUAAAAGUUCGACCAUUGGUCUGGUCACGUUGGAUGAGAUGAAGGCCAAGCAAGAGGAUAUUGUCAGGGAGCGUGAAAAAAAAUUGGCACAGAAAAAAGAUGAAAAAGAGCGUGAAAAGCAACGUGCACUUGAGGCUAUACAAGCAGAGAAGAACAAACAGAAGCGCCAAAUACAAGCACUCUCGUUUAGCUUUAAUGACGAUGACGAAGAUGAAGUGAAGACAAAGGAAACGGAUGGUCCGGGUUUAAGUGAUAUAGUAAAGAAAGAGGAAUCGCCACCAAAAAAGAAAUGGACCGACCUCAGCGAUGAAAGUUCCCUACCCAAGAAAAAGAAAAUCUUCAAAAACCCGGAAGUAGAUACAUCUUUUCUGCCUGACCGUGACCGUGAAGAGCAAGAGAAUCGUCUACGGGAACAGUUGCGUCAAGAAUGGGUAAUGCAACAAGCCGCAUUGAAAGAUCAAGAAAUAACCAUCACGUUCAGUUAUUGGGAUGGUUCAGGCCAUAGACGAAGUGUUGUAAUGAAGAAAGGCAAUUCUAUUUAUCAAUUCCUGCAGCGUUGUCUUGAGUUGCUGCGCAAAGAGUUCAAUGAACUGAAAACGGUAAUGGCAGACCAAUUGAUGUAUGUCAAGGAAGAUUUAAUACUGCCGCAUCAUUAUUCCUUUUAUGACUUCAUUGUUACAAAGGCGCGUGGUAAAAGUGGGCCUCUCUUCCAAUUUGACGUACACGAUGACGUGCGUAUGAUUAGCGAUGCAACGGUAGAAAAGGAGGAGUCACAUGCGGGCAAAGUGCUACUACGCUCUUGGUACGAACGCAAUAAGCACAUUUUUCCAGCAAGCCGUUGGGAGCCGUACGAUCCCACAAAAACCUACGAUAAAUAUACCAUUAAGGAUAAAAGCAAAAAAACAUGAAUUGUAUUAUUUAUGCAAAUAUUGAGUAAAAUACCUAAUAAUUAAAUACAGAUACAA